GACUGAUAUGGCGCCGCACUCUGCAAUGGUAAUGCAUGCACUACUCAUCUUCUCGACGAUGUUCCUUGGAGGAACAAUGGGUGAGAAUGUGACUUCGACUCCUGAUGCAACUACCACAGAUGUAUCCUUUAGUAGCAUCGGUGCAUUAGAAGAUACCCAGACCACACUCUAUCCUACACCAGAUGAUGUCUUUGAAACUGCCACCUUCAAUACCUUAGGUUACAGUAUUGGUUCCACGGAGGAAAUAGAGGUCACGACUAUGGGUACUGACCUUUUUUUCUGGGCACCAGUGCUUUGGACAUGGAACAUGGUCCUACAAUUAGUCCUAGGAAUUUUAGGAAUCAUCGGAAACCUUCUGGUAAUAAUCGUUUUGUUUAAACGAAGGUCUGCCAGUAGAUCUACGGACACUCUAAUCGGUGCUCUGGCCUUUGCUGAUUUACUGACUUCCGUGCUGAUCAUCCCCAUCCCAGAAGCUAAAAUCGUACCCUCCACCUGGGUUGGCGAGCUAUACUGCCGAAUCCUCUUUACAUCCUUCUUCAUGUGGCUCUCUGUCAGUGUGUCCAUUUUUACCCUGACAACCAUAUCCAUGGAGCGCUUCUUUGCCGUCGUGUUUCCCAUCAAGUUCAACCGCAUUCUGCGGAAGCAUCACGUUGUCCUUGCCAUAUUGUUGAUCUGGCUAGCAGCCAUUGUUGCAGAUAGUUUCAUCCCACUUUCUAUAUCCGUAGACCCAACCACACAAUCCUGCAUCUACUCUUACUCGUCCGAGCUAGCUGCAGAGGUUGCCGGAGUUACGUCCUUUCUUCUCCAUUUCCUGUUCCCUUCGCUCAUCAUGCUGGGCACACAGGCAAUCACCGCUCAAGCCCUCUAUCGACAAGCUCUAUUCUUCGGGAAAGGUGGCGUCGAAAGUGGGGCUCGCUCAACCUCCUCUUACCGCCUCCUCAAAGCCAAGAACCGUGUGAUAAAGCUUCUCCUGAUAGUGAUAAUCAUCUUCAUAGUCUGUUGGGGGCCCAACAGCAUAGGCUACUUCCUGUUCAACGUCGGGGUGAUAGAUUACACGUACCUUUACGGCGAUCUCAAUCGCAUCCUGACAUUGUUAGCCUUCUGCAACUCCUGCGCAAACCCUUUCAUCUACACCAUCCAAUACCCACAGUUCCGAGUAGCCAUCAAAGAGUUGUUCACUGGCUCGAUGACGUCGUUUGGGGCGCUCUUCGAAGGAUUUGUGGAAUCUCCAAACUUAAACAAUUCAGCUGCCUCCUAUGAAGAUAAGAGCAAUACACAGAUGACAGCCAUCCCUGCACAGUCAGUGGCUGAAUAAUUCUGGACACCUUCAUACCAAUAUCCAUCAGUCAAUGAAUCAACCAGAAGUCACCAAACUGAUUAGGGAGUUUUCGCUCGAACCCGCUGCGCAUUACGGAUUAAAAAAUGCAAUAUUUUUUUAAAUCCCCGUCUUAACGACAAUGAACAGCUGGGAGGCUUUUGUCGAAAAUUCGUAAAUCAAAACAACAGUUUCGUCCUAAACUCUGGACAAACAACAUAUCUUUGUAAUUUCUUGUCAGCUCCGGAACUAAGGACGAAAUUGCUAUUCCGGAUCAUCAAUAUUUUCGACAAAGACCCCAGUUGUUUGACGGGUAUUUUCAAUGCAUUAAUUGUGUUCUUGCGAAAACUCCCUAAUAUCCAACAGUCAACCAAUAAACCAAAAGUCACUAAAAUGAAUCUUUUUCAGUUUUAAGACCCAGCGGACUU